UUCAUGGACUGUGGAGCACAACAAGGAGGAGCGAUCAAGUUACCUGAUUUUAUUCAAAUUAACAUCUAUUUUAUCGGGUCUUUUAAGGGGACUUCGUGGCGCUGGCGAUAUUCUGACAAUAAAGCUUCUCCAUGUUGAGCUUUCUAGUAGUUUUUUAUGGAGAAACCGAGUCUGCGGCUCUGUGAGUGGGAAGAACCGUUCUUUAACUUUGUGGCUAAAAUCAACGCAAAAAGCUGCGCUCUUAAUGCUCCGCGUGGAUAUAUUUAUGUGAUGAAGGUGCACAUUUAAGUGUAAAGAAAUAACUUCCUUCGUGUUUGUUGCUUUGUUGAGUCGAUGCACACGCUGAGGGUUUGUGCAAUUUAGUGGUUUGACGGAGGAGGAUGAUCGUUUCCUGUUCUCAUCACCAAACCAAAGCUGCUCUGCUUCUUGUUAGAUGUCUGGCUCGUAAAGGGAAAUGCUGAUUUCGUCCACACCUGAAAGUCGCGCAAGAAAUGGCAUCGCCGACGGCUCUACUGGAAUGGUGCCGCGUCCAAUGCGCCGGUUACGUCAGUGUGGAAAUAAAAAACAUGUCAACCUCUUUCAGGGAUGGGCUGGCGUUUUGUGCCAUCAUCCACAAACACCGACCCGACUUGAUAGACUUCAGUUCUCUCUCCAGGGAAAAUGUUUUUCAAAAUAACAAGCUGGCUUUUGAGGUUGCUGAAGCAAAGUUGGGAAUCCCUCCUCUGCUGGACCCAAAGGAUAUGGUUUCUACCAGCGUGCCUGACUUUCUGAGUGUCAUCACCUACAUUUCUCAAUACUACAACUUCUUCAGUGGAAAGUCUCAUGGUCCCUCCAGAUCACAGCCAUCACAUGUUUUAAGCAUCACAAAGGUUUCUAAAACGCUGAAAAGCCAAAAGAGCCUGACUGAACAGGAAACCAGAGAAGCAGGUUAUGUUAACACAAGGACCAGGGUAGAGUGUGAUUUAUGUUUUAAGCCGAUACAUCUCAUACAGAGACAUCUGAUUGGUGGGAAGGUUUACCAUCGCAGCUGUUUCAGGUGCAAAGUGUGCAGCUGUGUUCUUUUACCGGGGUCCUAUUCUCAGGGAAGUGAUACGAAGUCCUUCACCUGCACUCAUCAUGUAACAGACAAAAAAGCUGCUGGUUUUGACAGCAACCAACAAUUUAGAUCUGCUGAUAAUCAGCCUAAAGGUUCUUUCCAGACAGGUCUUUACUCUCUGAGUGGAUUGGCUAUCUGCAGCGUGCCUCGUUAUGCUCAGAGAGCAGAGUCACGGGGCAGACUGGCUGAACUCACUGUGGUAGACGGUAAGGGACAAAAGACGGCAUCAAAGACCUCUGAGCUCUCCUUAAGCUCAACACAAGCAACGGAGGGAAAUGCAUAUCCUGUCCCAGCUCCCAGGAGAAGCGUGGACUCCUCUGUGGUUCCUGUUCCUGUUCCUGGACCCAGGUCCAGAACUGCUCAAACAAUAAACAGCUCCCCUGCUGUAGAAACCCAAAGGGAAUCUAAACCACAUCCUUCUUGCAUCGCAAACCCUAAAGUGACAACCAACCAUCCUUGGAUGACCAUCGUGCAUCCUGGACCAUGGACUCAGCUGCCUCCUGUUCCACCUCCAGUACCUCUACCUCGGUCCAAAUCCGUCUCUAAUACACAGAUUCAAUGGAACAGACCCAGAACGUAUCAUCCUAAUCCAUUUGACGAAGAGGAGGAGGUUGAUGAGGCUCAGGAGAAAGCUCCUAAACAUGCGUCAGCCAAUCAGACUGAACCUUCUGCGGCUGCUGUUCAUCCAGAGAAUAGUGAUAUCGCUAAUGUUGAGGUUGGUUCACAUGAUGGAGAAAAACCUGCCAGCAAGUCUGAGCCGAAUACGGAUGAAAGACCGAAUGAACAGUGUCCGGGGAGACGUUUCAAAGAGGAAUACGAAGGUGUAGAAACUCACCCUGCUAAGGGGGUGACUGCUGACAGUGGGUCAAAUGGAAGCAGCGAAGAACCUGCAGACAGUGGUCAGACUGGCUCAUCAGAUGUGACAGAAUCAGCAUCAGAACUGCUGUUAUCUUCAGCACAGAGCCCCAUUUUACCCAGAAGUCUGUCUGUGCCAGCAAUACUAUCUCAGUGCUCUGAAACCAACUCUAUGCCUUCAGGGUUACAUGAGGACAAUUUCUCCGUCUUGUCGUGUGAAAGUAAGUUUUUCUGUAAAACAAAUUCAUUGGCUCAACAACCCGAACUUUCCAGGUCAAAGACACUUCAGAACCUGUCGUCCACUCGCGGGCCUGCUCCUGGACAUGGUUUCCCUCUCAUCAGGAGGCAGGUGAGGACAGACCACGGCGUUUCCACGGAGGACUUGGAGAUGCAGAUGAGAAACUUGGAUGGACAACUGGGAGCCCUGGAACAACGAGGAGCCGAACUGGAGAGGAGUAUUCGAGACUGCAAGAUGGGUAAAGAAGAACAGAUGCUGACAGAGUGGCUCGGUCUUAUCCAUGAGCAACAUACUCUGCUGUGCAAAAGUAAAGAACUGGUCUAUUGCACGAAACAGCUAAUAUUAGAGGACAGACAAGCAGAUGUUGAGUAUGAGGUCAGAUGUCUUCUCAAUAAACCCGAGAAAGACUGGAGUCAGGAGGACCAAGGCCGAGAAGAGCAGCUGAUGGCCGAGCUGGUCACCAUCAUUGAACAGAGGAACCAGAUCAUCAGCAGCUUGGAUCAGGACAGAGAAAGAGAUGAAGAUGUUGAAAGCACAAGGAACAAGGGCUUUCAGAAGGAGGUGCUGAAAGAGCUGAAGAAGUCUAAAGGAAAGCUUAAGGCAUCAAAAGUCUUUAAAAUGCUGAACCACAAAACAGAGAGCAGCAAGGAGCCAGUGGAGAAAAAGAACUGAGAAAGUUGUCUUACAACAAUAACAACCCAUAUUCUAGGUCACUCAACAAGACAAUGCUAAAUAUACGGAUUUAAACUUUUAUUUGUAAAAUACUUAUUUUGUUCUUAGCCAUUAAUUGCACAUUGUUUUCUAAUUGCCGAGUGUCUGUAUUAAAUCCAGAAGAAUCCAAAGGAUCCAAACAGAAUAUCUGUCCCACCAUUUAGGCCCAUUGAUAAAACUGAUGGUGUUAUUCCAUGUAUCGUUCUUGAAUCUUCAAACAUGAGCAGUUAUAUUUGGAUUCACUAAUGAUUCAGCUUUGUUUGGCAUAGACUGGCUUCAUAAUAACUGUUUAUCUGCUGCUUCACAUUUCAUAUUAUGCUUUUUUAUCCUAGUUUAACAUUAUGAUCGAAUGUUUUCCUAUCUGUAUUACUUGAUAGAUCUACAAUGAUAAAUAUGCAUAAUUUUUACAGUAUUGGUGUUUCAUAGUGUGUUGAAACAUGUAACCGAGGUUUGGGGAGAGGCGACAAAUCUGUUUUAAAGGACACUGAGUAUCAUUUCAUCCACCUCAACAAAAAACCCCACUUCCAUCAGAAGAGAAGUAACUCCAGAUCAUGAGGCUGUCACCACUGUGUUUUACUGUAGGUAUAGUGUUCCAAUGGUGAUGUUCAGCUGUCCCCAUUUAGCGCAAACAUAAGGUGACAUAUGGGAGGAACAACUCUUCAGUUUAACCGGACGCAGGGGGAAACUCUGGAUCUUAUUGGGGGCUCAAGAGAACAAAGAGACCAAAACUGAUGCAGAUGGCAAUGAUAUCUUCACAGAGCAAGAAGAAUCAAAAAGUCAGAAACAAUAAUGGUAUACACUGACCCUGGUCUCUGGUUCAGUAGUGACUUAACAACAGAAAUGUGACAGUUAUAGCCUAUGUUAUGGAUAGGUCAGUGUCUGGUGGCCCUUGAAAAAGUGACUCCAGCUACAGUCCUAGUGAAUCUCCCCCAAACUCUUGAAUAAACUUUGCUUAACAAACCUUUCAAGGCUGCUGUGGACCCUGAUGCUUGUGCACCUUUUUCUACCACAUGUUUUCCCUCCACUAAACUUUCCAUUAAAAUGUUUAGAUAAAACCAUC